UCUCUGCUGUCCACCACGUCUGCUCACAGCUUCUCUGAUUUUCCUAUUGUCUCUCCUGAUCAACUUCAGUUCUUUGAGUACAUCUCCAGUGUCUCUGUAAGCUGUCCCAUGGACAAACACAUGAAUGCAUGGAGAGUGAUGACAAAACUUUACAAAAUGAGUCCAGCAAACGAGUCGGACGUCUGCAGCCUCCCAGCUCCAUCCUGCACAAUGGAAACCUUUGAAAAACACAGUGGAGAAUACUGGUGUGAAAAUGAUGAGGGGGAACGAAGCCGUGCUCUCAACAUCUCUAUCACAGAUGGUCCAGUGAUCCUCAAAUUUACGGCCCAACCCGUGAAGGAAGGAUCUGAUGUGAUUCUUCAUUGUAUUAACAAGAAGAAAGAGCAACAGACACAAAUUGGUGAUUUCUACAAAGAUGGUCAGUUCUUUCAAACCAACUAUGAAGAAGUCCUGACACUCCAGAAUGUCUCCAAGUCUGAUGAAGGAUUCUACAAAUGUAACAUUUCUGGAGUUGGAGCCUCUGCAGAAAGCUGGCUGUCUGUCGUCAAACCAGGAAAUGAAUCUGAUGUGAAGACUGAGCCUGUGCAGCAUCAGACCCCUGUAAUCACCAUUCUGUUGUGCACCCUGGGUUCUUUAUUCUUCUUGGUGAUUGGACUGAUUUUCUUCAAGAAGCACAAAGCCUUGAAACAUGAGACCGUCACAGAUCCAACCAGAGCUACUUAUGCUGUUGUCAACAAACCAAGGAGGAGAAACGGUGGAGAAACCAGAACAGACGACCAAGUCACGUAUGCGUCCAUUGAUAUCAGACCGACAGGGCAGGAAGUUUGUACAGAUCCCUUCAGACAAUAUUCAGAGGAACCAAUCUAUUCUCUUGUCAAUAAAUAAUCUGCAUGCCUUUUUCAAAUAAUACUUCAAGAAAACACCAGAAAUGAGGAAAUUCACUAAGUUACACUCAUCUUGUCUCCUAAGCUUAGAAAAUAAUGAAGAACAUAAUGACUGACAAUAAUGAAGACAGACAUUUAUAAAUGUUGAUUGUUUCAAAAUACAACCUCAUGCAGUAUUCAGUGGAACGUCCAAUGUUUGUAUUUGUGUAAUUUGAAGUUAUUUUUAUGAUCUGCUGAACAAUUUUUUUUUCAAUCUCAUUCAAGAGCAUUUAAAAAAGAAAGAAAAUCAGUUUAUAGUUGAUUUUCAUAUAUAUCAAUUCAAAGAAAAGUUUAAUUAUACCAAGUAUAUGACUCUUAAGGUUUCAGCAGGUAUUGGUGUAUUUUUUUCUUCUUCUAUGGUGUCAUUGAAAAGUGGUUCCACUAAAUUGAAGGGAAACUCUUUUGUUUCCACGAAUGCGAGGCAAGAUUUUGAGAAGUGGGAUUCUUUGCUCUUAUAUUGACCUGCACAGAAUCGUUCACCAGAUGAAAAUCUGUUUCAGUUCUUUUUAAAAAAGUUCUCCACUAUUAGAUUUUUGUUCCACUUCCUGUGAUGAUGGAGAUCUUCCAUUAUUGUGGUUUUAAGAGAUGACCCCACUGUCAUGAGAUCAGUCCCCCGGAUAUUACAAUUGAUUAUUAAAAUAUUAUCAAAAGCAA